GCACUAUAUACAUCUACUGGCUGUAUUGUUUACAUAGAGUCCUCUGCUGGCCCAGAUGAGCCUUGGUCCAUACAUGUCAGAUAAUGUCCUGUAGGGGAUUAGUAGGGGAUUAUCCAUGUAAUCCCUCCAUGUGCAGGAUAUAGGUCUCAUCUUCUAGUCAAUGACAGAGCUGAGGAUGACUGGCUCACCUGCCCCAUAGUGUCACUUAGGAGAUGUGAUGGACUCACCAUUCUCACUUCUUUGCUCACCCCAGAUAAUGGAUCUCACUAGGUUGCAAACUGAUGUUCUGCAGUGGUUGUGAUCCGAGCUGAAUAGAUUCCCAGCUUCAUUAAUGAUAAUACUCACUCCUAUCUGCAUCCUUCAGCGAUCUGUCACGUGAGCCCAAGCCGCUUCAUGGGUUGCUAUGCACAUGUUCAAGCUGUGCUUUAAAGGCUGGAAGCUGUUUGGGUUGUUAUGAGGAAUAUUCAGCGAAUAGCAGAACAGUUGGUGAUUCACUAUAUCUCGACUCUUUCCACCGACAACCUUAUUAAUGGAGAAUUAAGUUGUCUGACACAUCUGGAUGUAAAGAUCAGCCUAAAAGACACAAAAGGAACAAAUCUAUAUGAAAAUCAAUGUCAGAGCUGUGAACAGACACUGAAGAGGUAUUUCAGCAACAUGCUCAGAAAUAUACAUGGGGACUACACUACCAUUCAUAGAGUAGUUGUAUGAUUCCUUUGGCUUUAGGCUUGCUGACCAUUUGAGAGUUACAGUGAAUGUCUCCUGAAUGAGAUGUUAAAUUGCUUGCAAAUCUUACGGAAAUGAUGCUCUAUUUUGACAGCAAGAUCAUUUGCCAUAUUUGAUAAGAAUUUUCAGUUGUCUAAAAGUUAUCCCGUCAGCUGACCUUUUUGGAUUAUUGUCACCCGUUUACAGUAAGAUUUCAAAUGCAUCCUUUUCUCCAAGGCGAUGCUUCCUGAAUGUGGCUGAGCCUGCAGCCAUUGGAAUAUGCCGCAGUGCAACCAUCUUGCCAACGCCACGGACCGUGUGAGGGAAUUACCCACCACCGGCCCAGGGAGGCAUGGUGACGACCUUCAAGAUUGCGGUACUUGGGGCCCAAGGAGUGGGGAAAAGCGCAAUUGUGCGUCAGUUUAUGUACAACGAGUUCAGCGAGACCUGUGUCCCCACCAAAUCGCGUUGUGUCUUCCUACCAGCUGUUGUCAUGAAUGGCCAUGUCCACGAACUUCAAAUAAUGGACUUCCCUCCCAUAUCAUCUUUUCCAGUCAACACCCUACAAGAGUGGGCAGAUUCCUGUUCCCGGGGACUCAGAAGUGCACAUGCUUACAUCCUCGUCUAUGACAUCUGCUGCUUUGACAGCUUUGAAUACAUCAAAACCAUAAGGCAACAGAUCUUAGAAACAAGAGUGAUCGGCACAACUGAAACUCCAAUUAUCAUAGUUGGGAAUAAGCGUGACUUGCAACGAGGUCGUGUUAUCCCCCGUUGGAACGUGUCCCAUCUAGUGAAGAAGACCUGGAAAUGUGGCUACAUUGAAUGCUCUGCCAAGUAUAACUGGCACAUUUUGCUACUUUUCAGUGAACUACUUAAAAGUGUUGGCUGUGCAAGAUGCAAGCAUGUACAUGCUGCAAUACGCUUUCAAGGGGCACUGCGUCGCAACAGGUGUUCUAUCAUGUGAUGAUACAACAUUUACUUGGAAAUACAAUAAGGGAUUUAGUGUCAUUGAUUCUGGAAAGCACAUUGGAGAGAACAUUGAACACUGUCCCAAUGAAAUGAAUUUGACUCCAAUCCCAGCGAUCAAGAUAGACUGCAUUCUGAGCAUUAACAUGAUGUCAUAGGAUAGUACUCCUUUCCUUUUUCAGUGAGUAAUGGGGAUAUAAUGACCUUAUCUGUGACUACCCAGAUACCUUUUUUUUUUAAUUCUCUUUGAGAACAAGAUUAUUAGUGGAAUAAUAACUUAUAAACACACACACACCGAGAAUUAAAAUGAAAUUUAACAUACAUACUGUUAUACAUAUUUGCAGAAUAAACACAUGCAUACAUAUUGCACACAUAUAUAACCACAAUUCAAACGCACUUAUACAAAGGAAGCACAUACAUACCGUAUAUACUCGAGUAUAAGCCGAGUUUUUCAGCACGAUUUUUCGUGCUGAAAACGCCCCCCUCGGCUUAUACUCGAGUGAACUCUCCGCCUGUCAAUUCCUUCUCGGUGGUCUUCAACCAGCGGACCUC